CGGAUAUAAAUAAAAUGCAUAGUGACGAUACGGACGAACUCGAGACUGUUGGAUCAACACUAAACGAAAUACUUAAUGUACAUACAACCUUAGAGGUAAGAAGAACUGUUGUAAAUGUGAUUGAUACUAUUGUCAAAAGAGCAGCACGAUUAGCAGGUGCAGGCAUUGUCGCAAUUCUUCAGAAAAUGGAACUAGAUACGCCGGGACUUAUUCAUGAGAAGAGGACCGUGGUGGCUAUUUCUGGAAGUUUGUAUCAGAAAUAUGAAAAGUACCAAUUAUAUCUCAAACAAGUAGUCACCGAGCUACUUGGGUCCUACGUGGUUAUAAUACAAUUCCCGGAUGCUUCCGGUAUUGGAGCUGCUUUAUUAGCUGAUACUACUGCAUAGAAGAAAAAUAAAUUGGCCGAAGACGAGAGUGACAAUCUGAAGUAAUACCGUUUUUUCUUUUUAAUUGUGUGAGAGAGCACUUAAUUUUAUUUUACGUAUGUUUGUUUUUAUUUUAAAAGUUGGAGAAGAAAAACUUUAAAAGCUCUUGAUAUGAAUGCUUUUAAAACUUCAAACAAUAUACAAAAUGAAUGCUAUAUGAUUAUAUUUUACUUGGCACCAGAACAACGAUGACCAUAAUUCAUCUAUCUGUCAGUGCUGAAGUUUGGUU